CACAAACCACCAAACCAACAAUGGAAUCGUCGUCUUUAACCUCUCUGUCUUCUCUUCUGUUUCUUCUUUUCAUUAUUUCACCAUUCUGCUCCGCAACUUCUCCUACCGCCACUAGCAAUGACCUUCGUUUAUCUUCCACGGCCUACCUCCCAAAGCUACAAGCAGAAAAGCUCAUAAGAGAACUUAACUUGUUCCCAAAAGAAUCAGUCAACACACGAUCUAGCGAUCCUCUGUUUUCCCCUGGAAAGAUUGUGGAGAAGAAGUUCACAUUUCCUAAUCUUGGUGCUGUUUCUGGUGGGCCUUCUGCGGAAGAGCUCGGUCACCAUGCAGGGUAUUAUCGUCUUCCUCAUUCAAAAGCUGCCAGGAUGUUUUACUUAUUCUUCGAAUCUCGGAGCAGUAAGGAUGAUCCUGUGGUCAUAUGGUUGACUGGAGGACCAGGAUGUAGCAGUGAGCUGGCCAUGUUUUACGAGAAUGGCCCUUUUCAGAUCACAAACAACUUGUCUCUUUCUUGGAAUGAAUAUGGCUGGGAUAAGGCCUCAAAUCUUUUGUACGUUGACCAACCCGUUGGGACUGGUUUUAGCUAUACUUCUGAUGAAAAUGACAUUCGUCACGACGAAGAUGGUGUUAGCAAUGACUUGUACGACUUUUUGCAGGCAUUUUUCAAGGAGCAUCCUCAAUUUGCUAAGAAUGACUUCUACAUCACUGGAGAAUCAUAUGCUGGGCAUUACAUUCCAGCUCUUGCUUCCAGAGUUCACCAAGGAAACAAAGAGAAACAAGGACUCCACAUAAACCUUAAGGGAUUUGCCAUUGGAAAUGGGCUAACCAACCCAGAAAUGCAAUACCCUGCUUAUACAGACUAUGCGUUAGACAGAGGUUUGAUUAACAAGGCUGAUUAUGAGAAUAUCAGCAAGUUGCUCCCUCCAUGUCUUCAUGCAAUAAAAACUUGCGGCGUUGAUGGUGGAGAAGCCUGUGUAUCCUCAUAUAUUGUUUGCAACAACAUAUUCAAUGAGAUAUUGUCCCUCUCAGGCAACAUCAAUUACUAUGACAUUAAGAAGAAAUGUGAAGGAGAUCUGUGCUAUGACUUCUCAAACAUGGAGACAUUCUUGAACAAGAAGGAAGUAAGAAGUGCUUUAGGAGUUGGGGACUUGGACUUCGUGUCAUGCAGUAGCACAGUGUAUGAUGCUAUGUUGAAGGACUGGAUGAGAAAUCUGGAAGUGGGCAUUCCUUCCCUUCUUGAGGAUGGAAUCAAGGUGCUUGUGUACGCUGGAGAAGAUGAUCUCAUCUGUAAUUGGCUUGGGAACUCAAGGUGGGUUCAUGCCAUGGAAUGGUCAGGUCAAAAACAAUUCGGGGCAUCACCUACAAUUCCAUUCACAGUUGAUGGAACCAAGGCAGGAUUGCUCAAAGGCCACGGACCUCUCACUUUCCUCAAGGUACAUGAGGCAGGGCAUAUGGUCCCAAUGGAUCAACCAAAAGCUGCACUUCAAAUGCUGAGAAGCUGGAUGCAGGGAAAACUAAUCUCGACAGGAGGAGAUCAUGCCUCUCCAAAGUGAUGGCUUCAAAACCCAAAAACUAAACUAAAGCUAAAACCAUCCUCCUCUUGAAUGGAAAUUGUUGGCUUCUUCAUGUGUACAUGGCUUCGUGUAUUGAUAUUUUAAGAGGGGAAUAAGAUUCAUUUUUUACUUCUUUUUUUAUUUAUUUAUAA